ACUUCGUGCGACUCCACUCACGUACUCGUUCUGUCUGGUGUCAGCGAGAGUCCAGUGGAUUGGAAUCCAGUCGUUGUCGCGCGUUUGUUUCGUUUACACCGGAUUUGUGACGAUUUAGUGUUUCAGUGCAAAUUUUGCAAAUAUAUUAAUUGAAAUUCACUUUUGCGCAAUAACAAUACAGUAUAUUCAAUAUCGUUGUGAGCUUCCUUUGUAAAUCGCUGAGAAAUAUGUGCAAAGAAUUUAGAUUACUUCUUUCAAGUGGCUUACUACUGAUAUUCUUCAGUAGUCUCGUCACUGCGACUACUUCCGAGGAAAGUUUCGAGACGGUUCAUACAAGCAACGCGGCUGUUCUAAACCGACUUGGACUGACACCUCUUCAAAUACCCGAUGGGCAUCAUAAGAAGCGAUUAGCCGGGCCUGAACCACCGGGACUCAGCUCGCAAACGCGCAUACAUCAGCCUUACAGUCGUCGUCAUGGACACCGUGACAGCCACGUUUACAUUGUGAAACUUCCGGCUAGUCCUCCGUACUACACCAUUACGAAGCCUCACAAAUCCGUCAACGACGACAAAGUCACUAAGACCGGCCCGAGUUUUCCGGUGGGAUUUCAAGGAAAUGGUAAACCUGCCAAGAUUUAUCAUUGGAAUUUACCGGUCGUAAAGAAAAUGAUGGAGAAGAAGCGCCUCCAACUGAGCCAACUAAGAAUUGACGCUAGAAAAAAGUUGGAGGAUAUGAAGAAACAGCAGCAAACAUCUACAAAAACCAUACUGAAUAAGCUUUAUCCGCUCGAUACAAGUAGCAAGAGUUACGAGUAUCGUGCCACCGACAACCAACUUCGUUUGCACCAAAAGCAACCAGUGACGAAACACAUCAGAAAUAAUGACAAGAGACUCAGCUAUUCGAAUAGCGACAACGACAAUAUUAAAUUCAAGUCGACGAAAAAGAAUAACCUUGGCAACAAGGCGUAUAGAUUAAACGAUAUGAGUGUGCACAGGAUCCACCUGAGCAACGAAUUUCACGGCUCAAGGAACACUGUGCCGAAGAUGAAAAAACACCGGAAAAAAGCUGCCACUUCAUAUUAUGCGCCAAUCGCCACUAAGACGGGUUCCACUAGCAUCCACAAAAACUUUCCCGGAAAUGGCAAACCUAAAGCUUUCUACAUUAUGGAAAAGAGUCGCAAGCCAGUAUACUAUCAUCCCCUUCUACCUUAAUCUUCGAUUGUUCGUGUAACUGUGCAUAAUCGUGUAAUAUCUUAACUGGCUUGCCUGCCUGUUAGCUUAAGUAGAUGCAUACUGUUCUGUUUGUACAGGAUCAGGAAUCGCCAUUCAAAUUGACAACGAUAAAAUGCAAAAAAAAAAAAAAGGAAGGAAGAGGGAGAAAGAAAAAGAGAGAAACAGAGACUUUCAUGCCUAUAUUGCAUAUAGUCAUUCUUAUUCAAGAUAAAUGCAUUCCGCAAACUGUUCCACUUCUGUUAAAUAUACAUCGUUAUUAUAUCUUUACUUAUAAAGGUGCAUUAAGAUAAGUAAAUA